AUUUUAAGAGAGAAGAGUCUCCGUGAGUCUCAGGGAGCCCUGGCCUUUUAGUAAUGAGAGGAUUAAAAAAGUUACUGUAUUUAAAAGAAUUUACUGAAGUACCACAAUAAACUUCCUGACUUGAUGACUUGAGACUUUUCCGUUAGAAGAUGGAAACGUCCACUCCAGCUCACACCGGUCCUGCUCAGACCAACAUGACAGCUCAGACAGGAGGAACCGUCUGUGCUCCUGUUCUCCAUGGAAACAAUAUUCAAGGCUCAGUGAAUGUAACCAUUAUUCAGGGAGGUCAGGAAGUUUCUCGUUCCAGCACCAGUACAGUUCAGGCUGGAGGUUCUCCUGGUGCUCCUGCUCUCACUGAAGGUAUGGUCACUGUAUAUAAACAAAAACUGAGGAAGAAAUUUUGCAGUAUCAAUGAAGGAAUCUCACAGCAUGGAACAUCAACCCUUCUGAAUGAGAUCUACACAGAGCUCUACAUCACAGAGGGAGGGAGUGGAGAGGUCAAUAAUGAACAUGAGGUCAGACAGAUUGAGACAGCAUCCAGGAGACCAGCAACACUGGAGAAACCCAUCAAAUGCAAUGACCUCUUUAAAGACAAACCCAUCAGAACUGUGCUGACUAAAGGAGUUGCUGGAAUUGGAAAAACAGUCUCUGUGCAGAAGUUCAUUCUGGACUGGGCUGAAGGAAAAGCAAAUCAGGAUGUCAUCUUCAUAUUUCCACUUCCUUUUAGAGAGCUGAAUCUGAUAAAGAAAGAUUUCAGUCUGAUGGAGCUUCUUCAUCGCUUUUUCCCAAAUAUAAAACAACUAAGAUCAAUAGACUGUGAUGCUUAUAAAGUCAUGUUCAUCUUUGAUGGUCUGGAUGAGUGUCGACUUCCUCUAGAUUUCCAGAACAAUGAGAGCUUGUGGGAUGUAACAGAUUCAGCCUCAGUGGAUGUGCUGCUGACAAACCUCAUUAAGGGGAAUCUGCUUUCCUCCGCUCUCCUCUGGGUAACCUCUCGACCAGCAGCAGCCAAUCAGAUCCCUCCUGAGUGUGUUGACAUGGUAACAGAGGUACGAGGGUUCAGUGACCCUCAGAAAGAGGAGUACUUCAGAAAAAGAAUCAGUGACCAGAGCCUGGCUAAUAAAAUCAUCUCACACAUGAAGUCCUCAAGAAGCCUCUACAUCAUGUGCCACAUCCCAGUCUUCUGUUGGAUUUCAGCCACUGUUCUAGAGAGGGUUUUGGGUGAAGCAGAGAGUGGAGAGAUCCCCAAGACUCUGACUCAAAUGUUCUCACACUUCCUGAUCUUUCAGAUCAAACACAAGGACCAAAAGUACCAUGGGAAAUGUGACACUGAUCUUCAGCAGACUAGAAAGAUGAUUCUGGCACUGGGAAAACUGGCUUUCCAACAGCUGGAAAAAGGCAAUCUGAUCUUCUAUGAGGAGGACCUGAGAGAGUGUGGCAUUGAUGUCAGAGAAGUGUCAGUGUACUCAGGAGUUUGUACCCAGAUCUUCAGAGAGGAGUUUGGGCUGCACCUGGGGAAGGUGUUCAGCUUUGUGCACCUGAGUGUUCAGGAGUUUCUGGCUGCUUUAUAUGCAUUUCUCUCCUUUAUCAGCAAAAAUGCAACAAAACGGCUGACCUCUGAUCUCUCUGGUAUUUUCAGAGAGUCCAAAAUGUCAGACUUUCUCAGGUCUGCAGUGGACAAGGCCUUACAGAGUGAGAAUGGACACCUGGACCUUUUCCUCCGCUUCCUACUGGGCCUCUCACUGGAGUCCAAUCAGACUCUCUUACGCGGCCUACUGACGCAGACAGGAAGCAGCUCUCGCAGCAAAGAGGAAACAGUCCAGUACAUCAAGGAGAAGAUCAGGGAGAAUCCCUCUCCAGAGAAAUCCAUCAAUCUGUUCCACUGUCUGAAUGAAUUGAAUGAUCAUUCUCUAGUGCAGGAAGUUCAAACAUACUUGAACAGAGGUGAUUACUUUCGUCUCAGUGGACUCAGUCUCUCUCCUGCCCAGUGGUCAGCUCUGGUGUUUGUGUUGCUGAACUCAGAAGAGGAGCUGGAUGUGUUUAACUUGAAUAAAUAUGAUCUAUCAGAUGAAUGUGUUCUGAAUCUGCUGCCAGUGAUCAAAGCUUCCAAGAGAGCUGUGCUGUAUAACUGUAAUAUCACAGCAAAAAACUGUACAGCUCUGUCCUCAGCUUUCAGCUCAAACUCCUCCAGCCUGAGAGAAUUGGACGUCAGUAACAAUAACCUGCAGGAUUCAGGAGUGGAGCUGCUCUCUGCUGGACUGAAGAAUCCACACUGUAAACUGGAGAUACUGAAUGUUUGUGACUGUAAUCUCAAAGUGAAAAGCUGUGCAGCUCUAUCCUCAGCUCUCAGCUCAAACUCCUCAAGCCUGAGAGAACUGGACAUGAGUUACAAUGAACUGCAGGAUUCAGGAGUGGAGCUGCUCUCUGCUGGACUGAAGAAUCCACACUGUAAACUGGAGAUACUGAACCUGUGUGACUGUAAUCUCACAGAGAAAAGCUGUGCAGUUCUGUCCUCAGCUCUCAGCUCAAACUUCUCCAGUCUGAGAGAACUGAACCUGAGAAAAAAUGAACUGCAGGAUUCAGGAGUGGAACUGCUCUCUGCUGGACUGAAGAAUCCACACUGUAAACUGGAAAAACUGGAGCUGUUUGACUGUGAUCUCACAGAGAAAAGCUGUGCAGCUCUGUCCUCAGCUCUCAGCUCAAGCUCAUCAUGUCUGAAGGAACUGGACCUGAAUGACAAUAAACUGCAGGAUUCAGGAGUGGAGUUGCUUUCUGCUGGACUGAAGAAUCCACACUGUAAACUGGAGAAAUUGAGGCUGUAUAACUGCAGUAUUGCAGAUGAAGGCUAUGCUGCUCUGGCUUCAGCUCUAAAAUCAAACCCCUCCUCUCACCUGAGAGAGCUGAACCUGAACUCCAAUAAACCAGGAGAGUCAGGAGUGAAGCUGCUCUCUGAUCUACUGGAGGAUCCACACUGUAAACUGGAGAAACUACAGUGAG